AUGUUGGCCUCGAAGCCUGCAUAUCAAUCCACUUUGGGUCAUUCAACAUCCUCGUCGACUCCGUCAUAUCAAUCAACGAGUUUCCAUAGAACCGGCACACCUUCGAUGACAAGCGAUGGAAUGUUUACAUCUCCCACCGAAUCGGAGUUCUCAGUGAAUAACGAUGGAUUGGAUUCAGUUCGGUCGUGGGAUGAGAAGAAGGUUGCCGAUUGGCUUCAUAGUAUAAGAUGUGCACAAUACGAGCCUUUAUUCAAAGCAAACAAUUUUAAUGGAGAUAAUCUGCUCGAAUGCGAUCAGAAAAUCCUUCAAGAGAUUGGAAUUAAAAAGAUCGGUGACCGGGUCCGCAUAUUCGUCGCUAUCAAGCAACUAAGAAACAAAGCCCUCAUUAAUCUCAAAAAGAAUAACAAGGACCCUCUCGCAGCCCUCGAAGCUACGGCAUACGCACCUUUAUCAAACGACGUAUACUCAUCAUCGAACUCCCGCAAUCCUCUAACCUCAAAAUGGUCCCGCCAACUGGACUCUAUAGGCGGUAGAUCCAAUUCACGUCCCUCAUCGCCUCUGACCAUGGAUGACCGAUCGCGUGCAUUUCGAUACGCUUCUAAUCCAAUUGAUGGCCCUCGUAUGCCUGGUUACUUCAGUCAUCCAUCUUCCGCUGGAUCAGGCUCUGGACGCCAUCCGAUCACACCUGGCGAUAGCUCGCAAUUCUCGCAUCUAAGACAGAACCCGAGCAUUGACGGAUAUACUAUAGGCUCUCUUCCAGCCAACUCACAUGUCAUCCGAAUCAUCUAUACCGGCGGGCAGACGAAGGCCAUGAAUGUGAAAGGCUGCAAAAAUACAGAAGAAAUCAUGGUUCAUGUCCUCAGGAAAUUACAACUUCCGGAAUAUCAACACCGGAGUUACUGUUUCUAUGUCUUAGAUGGAUUGGAGCCCGAUCCAGCGAACUGCCGACGGGUGACAGAUUCCGAAUUGAUGAGGAUAUGUGAAGGCUCUCAGAAAUCCGAACGUGGCCGGCUCAUCUUGAGGAAGAUCCACGCCGGGGAGCCCGAUGCCGAUGAACUACGCCGGGCCGCCCAGUUGGCUCUUGAUGAAAGUCAAGCUACCCAUCUCAAUGCUUUGAGCAGCUCCAAUGCUCGAAACCAGCUCAAGAUUCAGCAAUUGACUGGAGAGCCGUGGCACCAUAUCAAACAGCCCAUCUCUCCAUUGACCUCUGAAAGGUCGAGACAUCUAGCGAACGAUGAGCAUGAAGCUUCUCCAACUUCUGCGGGCAUGGAGCGCCCAUCUGCAUCAAAAUUACGAUCCUUCUUCGGAGCUCGACCUCCUAGCGAAAUGAUCAUUCAUGAAUUGACCUCUUAUUUCCCCAGUCAUCAACGGGAAGAUAUUGAAAAGACGAUGCGUAUGUCUGUACGGAGAUCACAGCGACUGAGUCGUGCCGCGAGUCGACUGAGUGUUGUUAGCAAUAUCAGUUUUGCAUCAAGUAUGAAGGAUGCUCCUCCUAUCCCCAGCAUCGCCGACACAUGGCUUACCGGGGGUCAGUUGGCUCGACCAUCCCGACCACUGUCCGUUGCAAGGUCUCAUCUUCCUCAGGUCUCAUAUCGGGACUCGAUUGCUUCGAGUUCUCUGCAGCCACUUCAAGAGGAGUCACCAAUUGAGCCAGAUCGCAAGUCUUACGUAUCAUUCGGAAGUGGAUCGGAUCCUGUGUUGGGUGAUGCAAACUCAGCUCAAAGGAGCUUCCUUGAUGAGACACUCAGCGUCGCGGCCACUGAUGGUGGUGGCUCUUUGAAUGAACGACUGAGCAUGAUUGUGGCGGAGGACGGAGAAGAAGAGGACACUGGUCUCGCCGACUUCUUGAAUGGAGACAAUUUCGCGGCCAAGAACUGGAUGAAAGGUUCUCUCAUUGGCGAGGGUUCUUUUGGAAGUGUCUUCCUCGCGCUUCACUCGAUUACUGGAGAGCUUAUGGCGGUGAAGCAAGUGGAGCUGCCUUCAGCCACCAAGGGCACCGAAUUUGACAAGAGGAAAAACACCAUGGUCACGGCUCUGAAGCAUGAGAUUGAACUUUUGCAAGGAUUGCACCAUCCUAACAUUGUCCAAUACCUUGGUACCUCUGCAGACGACCACAACCUGAACAUUUUCUUGGAGUAUGUCCCUGGUGGCUCCAUUGCCGAAAUGCUCAAACAAUACAACACCUUCCAAGAACCCCUAAUCAAAAAUUUUGUCCGCCAAAUCCUCGCCGGAUUAUCCUACCUACACAGCCGAGAUAUCAUCCACCGUGAUAUCAAGGGCGCCAACAUCCUCGUUGACAACAAAGGCGGCAUCAAAAUCUCCGAUUUCGGUAUCUCCAAACGUGUCGAAGCAUCCGCCAUGCUGGGAUCAAGCGCAGUUAGCGGAAGAGGUCAUCUGCACCGCCCUUCCCUCCAGGGCAGUGUCUACUGGAUGGCCCCCGAAGUCGUCCGCCAAACAGCCCAUACCAAGAAGGCCGAUAUCUGGAGUUUGGGCUGUCUUGUCGUUGAAAUGUUCAUUGGUGCCCAUCCUUUCCCGGAUUGCAGUCAAUUACAAGCUAUCUUCAAGAUUGGCAACAACCAAGCGCGACCCCCUGCACCCGAGCACGCUAGCGAAGAAGCUCGCGCGUUCCUGGAUGUGACGUUUGAGAUUAAUCAUGAGAAACGACCUAGUGCGGAUGAGUUGUUGGAAUGUGAGUUUUUGGCUGUAACGGUUGCUUAG